GUCCUUCAUCCUGCGGGCGAAUUUUAAAACCAGUUUACCCGAAUCUCGCUCGUUCGUCAAUAAUAUGGGUGCCUAAUAAUUUAUUACAACAUCGCGUAGCUACUUACGUAUUAUUAUUGAUGUUUUCGUCAGGACCUACCGUCGGUUAAUGUUAAUUACUACUGGUUUAUUGCUUAAAGAAAACAGAAAUGUUAUACUGAUUUCACCGAGAGAAAAACCGUGAAAAACGUUGCGGAAAACACGGUCAAAGUGGCCAAUCGAUACGAGGACGUACCCGCGGACACACUGCACUGUUCCGUCGUCGCGCGUGUUCCGUGAUAACACGAUAAUUUGCUAGCGAUAAGUGAUAACGCGCCGCCCGUGAUAAUAUUCACUGUGGUCCACGACAGUCAGAAAACGGAUUUCCGUCCGAAUUAAGUACAUACGUUGUCGAGGGGGCCGAUGCCGUCUCGUAAUUAUUACUCGUUUACGGUUCCGCAAACGGUAAUAAUGAUAAUUAUGAUCGUCUGACGUCUCGUGUCCGCCAAUCCGCUGCCACCUCGUCGUCGAAAUGGUCCCCGAUCAAGUAAGUUAAGAAAUUUAAAAUUGUUUUCUCGAGUAUUACGUUUUUAUUUUCCCCGCCCUUUAACCGUUAAUCCUGACUUGUCAAACGCUCGACUCUUGAUCACAGUCGUGCCAUUGCAAACUGUGAACUGAACUUAUUUGUGUUAUUAACCCAUUCAAAUCACUAAUUAACCAAUCAACCCCUACUGAAGUUGUAGAAAACCCGAAAAGCGAGAAACACAUAAAAUUCGAUUAUAAAUUAUAAUAAUGAUUUGCUGUGGCCGACAAACCAAAUAAUAAUCGUCUAAUUUUUUAUAUCUACUUACUUUAUGUAUUUAAUUUAAUUUAAUUUUUAUCAAAUAAUAUAGGUACCCACCAGUUGAAAAGUAACAUUCAGUGACAAUUAUUUGAUCCAAAUGUAUUUCAUACAAUUAAGGCUAUAUUACUUAUAUCAUGUUUUAUUUUUCAGUAUUCUAUAGCUGUACAGUUUACAUAUUCUUUUACUGUGGUAAACGCUAAGUCGAUAAUUUUCCUUUAUAUUAUUUUCUCCAUAGAUAGAUUUUACAUUAUUAAACUACCACUGAUAAUUUGUAUUUUGUGUUAAAUUGUUUACAGAAUCAUUAAUCAUUAGAAAAUGAGGCAGCAGGGCUGGCUACGCAUUUUGGCGUUUUUAGCAUUUUCUUGGGUUGCAUUCUUGUUAGUAACUGUUAAACUUGUACGACAACAAGAUGGCACUGAUACAGAUUCAUCUCAAAGACUGGCCAAGGCUCUUCAUGAACUCGAUAAACUACAUAAAAGCAAUGCUGAACUAAAUGCUUUAGUAUUAGAUUUAAAUGACAAGUAUUAUUAUUAUAUUAUAAUAUAAAAAGGAUUGCAUGAUUUUUUUAUGCAUGGUUUAAAAUUUUGUAAUAUUUAAUUAUAUUACACUUUCUGUAAAAAUGUAUUUUUCAUUAAAAAAAAAUCAGCUUGUGACCUUAUUGCAACAUUUUGAUAGAUAUUUUCUUCAAAUGAAAAUAGUUUAAGGUGCAGUGUCUAACUAAACAAUAAAAAAAUUAAUUUUCAACAAAAUAUUGGUGAAUAUGUUGAACUUAAGACAAAGUAUUAAGAACAAUUGUGUCUGCCAAAUUGCGAUAUUUAUAUACCAUUAUAAGAAGAACUUAUGAGCAAUUAAUAUUGCUAAUAUUAUUAAGAACAAAUUUAGUACGCAUAAACACAAGAAAAAAAAACCAAAUUUAUUUAUAUUAAUAGAAAUUAUUGUUCUGUAAAUAUUGCCAGUUUUUUCUAGUUUACUUAAUUAAUAAAAAAAAAAAUCAAAAACUGACUUCUUUUAUGCACCUUUAAACAUAAUUCGCUAAUUUGUUACCUGCAACCACUCUGUAGUGAUUAGGGCAAAGAUUUCUAGUCAAAAAGUGGUUUACAGAAAGGACAAAAAAAAGCUCACAUCAUAGUAAAAUUAACACAUUCCAAACUUAGCUCAGAAUCUAAAAAAAGAAAACACGUUUCUUAAAUUUUGUUUAAUGUAAGUUGUAUAAAAUUAGUAAAAAAAAUAACUUUUUAACUGCACAUUAAAAAAUUAUAUAAGUUUUUUGACUAUUAAAAAAAUAAACAAUUACUGCAUAUUUAAAAUUCCAAGGUUCUUUUACAUGCAAACCUUAACAUUGAUUUACUAUUUUAGUACUAGGAUUGUUGUUGGACUCAUAAAGUCAGAAUCUGAUAUUUUUCUUGGCUUAACUUUUUUAGUGUAGAAUUUGAGGAAAUGAAAUAAAAUUUUAUUAGAUAUUGUAUAGAUAUAGUAUUGACUAUUUUCUUUAAAUUUCCUUAAUAUUCUUUAAAAAGUACAUAUACUUUUAUUUUUACUUCUUGGUCAAAUAUUUAAUUUGGUUCUUAAUUAUUUAUUUAUAUAGGAAUUUAUUCUUAAACAAUUUCAGCUUGAUUAUUUAAUAAUAUUAAUUAUAAUUUAUAAGUACAUUUUGAACAAGAAUAAUAGUAAUGAAAGUUUUUUUUUUUUUUAGUCCAAGAAUAGACAAUAAAAAAAUUCUUUUGACUUAUUUACAAAAUUCUAAAGGAAACCAAUUGAUCAAUCCUUCUGAAGAAUAUGAACUUUUACGGCGCCGUAUAUUUUCGAAUACUAAAGAAUUGUGGUAUUAUAUGAAUUCUGAAUUACAAUCGUUGAACAAAGAAGUUGUUGGUGAUGGAGCAAAACAUGUUGGAAAAAUAAAAAAAAUAGUUGGUGAACAUUAUAGAUCGUUAUUAAAAGAUAUCGCAAAUUUAGCUGAAGUUGAUGGUCAUUCAUCGUGGAGAAUACAAGAAAACAAGGAUCUCAGCAAUUUAAUUCAAGAGAGAUUGAAACAUUUGCAAAAUCCAUCUGAUUGUUCUAAAGCAAGAAAACUAGUUUGCGACUUAAAUAAGGUUUGUUUCUAGUAUCUUCAUUUUUUUGUUUAUUGAAUGUCUUUAUGUAUAUUUUUUCUUAGGGUUGUGGAUACGGCUGUCAACUUCAUCAUGUAGUUUAUUGUUUUAUUGUUGCUUAUGCAACAGAAAGAACAUUAAUUUUGAGAUCUAAAGGUUGGAGGUACUCCAAAGGGGGGUGGCAAGAUGUCUUCUUACCAUUGAGUGAUACUUGCCUUCUACCAAAUGGUGAAACAACCAAUCGAUGGCCUGGUAAUUAAGAAAUAAUAAUUAAUGCAAAUUAUGUUUUAAUAUUCUACUUUUGUGUUUACCUAUUUACUCUUGUAUUAUAAAUUCUAGGUCAUAAAAAUACCCAAGUUAUUACUUUACCUAUAAUUGAUUCAAUCAAUCCAAGACCUCCUUUCCUUCCUCUUGCAUUACCUGAAGAUUUGGUUCCACGAUUAAAUGUCUUGCAUGGAGAUCCUGUAGUGUGGUGGAUUGGUCAAUUUCUUAAGUAUAUGCUCCGACCACAACCAGCAACUAGUAAUAAAUUAGACGAAUAUGCCAAAAAAGUGAAAUUCCAAAAACCAAUUGUUGGGUAACUUAAUAUUUAUUAUUUAAUUUGUAUAUUUGUAUUGCAUUUGUUAUUUGUAUUUGUGAAGAGUACAUAUUAGAAGAACAGAUAAAGUUGGUACUGAAGCAGCAUUCCAUAAACUAGAAGAAUACAUGGUUCACGUUGAACUGUACUAUAAACAUAAGGAACUAAGUGAUAAAAUUAUUAAGAAACGAGUUUAUUUAGCUACAGAUGAACCAAAACUCUUUUCUGAAGCUAAAGACAAGUAUGUAAUAUUAAUAUUUUUUUAAAACUUUACAUUUUAUAAAUAAUUAAUAUUUACAUAUUUUAGGUACCCUGAUUAUGAAAUAAUUGGUGAUGUUGAUAUAUCUAAAACUGCAUCCAUCAGUAAGCGUUAUUCUGAUCAAUCUCUUAGUGGAAUCAUCACAGAUAUACAUUUUUUAUCACUCAGUGAUUACUUAGUUUGUACAUUUUCAUCACAGGUAAUUUGUUACAGGUUAAAAAAGUUAUAGUAAUUAAAUCUAAAAUGUUCAUACUUAUAGGUGUGUCGGGUGGCCUAUGAAAUAAUGAAUAGUCUACAUCCUGAUGCAUCAAAUCUAUAUACCUCAUUGGAUGAUAUAUAUUACUAUGGUGGACAAAAACGUAGACUUCAUGAAGCCAUAUUACCUCAUUUUGCCGAUGGGCCACAAGAAAUGGAUUUACAAGUUGGCGAUGAAAUUGCCGUUGCCGGAAAUCAUUGGAACGGUUUUUCAAAAGGAAUAAAUUUAAGAACAAAAAAAAGCGGCCUUUACCCUACUUUUAAGGUAUAUUACCUAAAUAAUUUAUAAAAAUGCUUAUAAAAUACAUUUUAUACAACAAAAAAGUAUAUAUAUCAUUAUUUUUAGGUAUCCCCAAAAAUUGAAACUGCACGUUUUGCCAGUUAUCCAGAUGUAACAUUAAAUACUAAUGAACUUCAAGAAAAAAAAAGAUAACUAAAUUAUUAAUCACACAUAGAUUAUGUGUGAUUCAUAACAUGUCUUAAGCCUUUGAACAAGUUAAAUUCGACCAGACCAGAUAAGUAUAAUGUAUCAUUGCUGUCAUGCACAAAGUGACUAAAUGGUUUUAAAAUGUUAAAAAUGUAUUUUUAUUUCAUUUCAAUUUUGAUUUUAAUUAAUAAUUAUGUGUCAGUGGUUCCUAUGUAUAAUAUGAUUUAGAUACUUUCGUACAUAUGUAAGUAUGUAAUAAAGCAUUUAAACAAUAGUUCAUAUUAGGUCACUUUUUUCAUGAUGGCAAUGAUAUAUUUUAUUUAAAAAUACAUAAUAUAUAGAUAGAUAGAUAUAAAUGAUAUACAAGGUCAAAACUAUUUGUAAUUAUUUAAUUACAAAUUAAUGUAGAUGUAGUGCAAUAAAUUUUAAUUUAAUUUGAUUUGACUGUGAUCACCGAAUGGAAAUUGUUGGAUUAAUUUUUAUUAUUACUAUUAUAAUUUUUGCUCUCUAUUAUCGACUAGUCCAUUUUAUACUACUUAAAAUGGUAUUUGUGUCAUAUGCUAUAUAUCGAAAAAUAGUAUUGCAUGAUAUUUUUGUUUCAAAUUAUUUAACAAAUAUUUGUAUUUUUGUUGACUUGUUUUUGUAUAAUAGUGUUUUGUUUUAUAUAUUUAUAUAUAUAUAUAUAUACAAUAAUACAUUUUAAUGUUUACUCCAAAAGAGAAUAUCCCUAAUUAUUGCCAAAUAGUGUCACAUCCCUUUCUAAGUGUCCAAUUAAUUAAUCAGUAAUGAUAGAAAUUGCAUUAAUCACAUUCACAAUCUGUCUGUUGCAGUCACAAUUGACUACCAGCACUUAUAAUACAAUGUGCAAGCACGAUUUAAGGAAUUUAAGGUACUGGGAUAUCAAUAAUAUUUCUCACAUGUGACAGGUCAAGUUUUUUAUGUUCAGUCCAUUUUACUAUGUGUAGAUAAACUAGUAAAUUGACACCUAUACGUUAUACAUCUGAUUAUGUAAAAACUGAUAUAUUUUCUUUUGAAAUAUAAAAUACUUAGGAAGUGUUUAUGUAUGUUAGACAUCUUAUAAAAUAAUCCUUUGAUAUAGUAUUUUUUACUCUAAAAAGUAUUGUUGAAUUAGUAAUUUUUAUUUUUUUUACACAUACCCAGUAUUUAUUUUAGCAAAUUACUAGUUUAAAUAUUAUUUGGCAUUUAUUUAUUACUAAUUAUACAAUAUUUCAUUAAUAUGUAUCAAUCAUUGAAUAAUAUUCAUCAAUUUCAAAGUUUAUAAACAGGGGCUCGUAUGUUUAUGUAAAUGUGUAUUAAAGUAAUAUUACACACCCAAUAUUUAAGUGGUUGUAUAUAGCCAGUGUUUACAUAUUUAAAAAAAUAAAAAUGUAACUCAAAAAUAUUUAAUUAUAGAACGGAUGAUUGGGGGGGGGCAAACUGAGCACCCACCAGCCUAGGACCUCCCAUUUUUAGAUUCUGAGCUGAAGGAAGAAUGUAUUAUUAGUUUUUUUACUAUGAUGCGCGAUGUUUUUAUUUUUCGUAUCUGAGAAAUUUAGCUUUGGAUUUUCAAAAUAAUUCUAAUUUUGAAACUUAAAAUGUAUGUAUUUGUGAAUGUACAUCUUGUGAAUUUUUAAAUUAUUUAGAACUAAAUACAUAUAAGUAUAAUAAUUUAGUCUUGAUAAUGGAAUAAUCUUGAAUAUUGUUUUGUAAUGGUGAGUUUUGCCCAACAUUUGUCCUAAUUGAUAAAUUCGAAUGAAACUGAAUCACAAAUACACAAUUUCAUUUUCUUAAACUGUCGUUUAUACUAUUGCUUGUCUUAAUUAUUUAAGUGCUUUAAAAAAUUAUUAAUUAUUAUUACCCAGGACCUUAUGAGUGGCGCAGCAUGUUAACAAAUAAGUGGUAAAGGUCAAUAUUUAUUAUCUUCUGGUACCGAUGUUGAUGUUUAUAUAUUUUCUAUUUUUAAAAAUAUUUCUUCAUCAUCGUAAAUUGUUGGGGUUACUUUAUCUUUAUAGGGAUAAAAGCGGUAAAACCACCCAAUACCUGAAGGAAAACUUGUGCGACCCACAAGCAGUGGUACAUAAAAGGAUUUUUAGAUUCGGUGCAUAGCAAGAAAUGUAUAGAUUUUCUAUGAUGUGUGUUUUAAAUUUAAAUCUACAUUUAUUUUGUUUUUCUGUCUAAACCAUUUUCAACCAGAAAUUUUUCUCUGAUCAUCUACUUUAGGGGUGAUUUAUAGUAACACAUUAUAUUUAUAUUUGUAUGAAAUAAAUUUUUAUUCAUAUAAGCUUUAAUACAAGUCUAAUAUUUAUUCCAAUCUGGAUGAAACUUUGCACACUUGACAUUCAAAACAAAAAAAAGAUCACUGUUUAUUUUUUAUUUUGAAAUUCAACCCCUAAAGAGUGACCCAGAGUUUUAGUAUUUUUGGAAUGAAAAUUGAACUUUUACUGUUGAUUUAUGGAUUACCUAUACCUUGGCGACACACAUGAAAAAGGUAACAAUUUCAUUUUAUCAAAAUGUGACUUUAGCUUUUAUAUUCUAAAUCUAAUUUUCAAAGUAGUGAGUAGUGAAUUGAUGUUAUUUUAUAUGUUUAAACAACAAUUCAAUUGUAAGUUCAAAACUAAGAAAUAUAUCUUUUCGGUUUAAUUUGUAUAAGGUGUUUCAAAGCCUUCCAGAAUAUUUUGUUUAUGACCUUGCCAAAACUGGCUCUGGCACUGCUUGGUUGCAGAUAAAAUUAUCUUCUACAUUUUGUAAAUAUGUGUUUUCAUAAAACUCAUUUUUAAUCUAUGUAUGCGUGUUUUGUUUUUUUAAUCAUAUUUGUACAAUUAUUUACUUUGUUAGUCAUAUUUUAACAUGCUUUGCUAUUCCCUACAGUACCUAUUCCAUAUUUUAAUAAUAUUUAAUUUACAAUUGAUAAUAUUUCUGUAAACCUGGAAGUCAGAAAUUUAAGUGAAAUCCUAUAAUAUUGAACUUAUAAUUAUAAAAUACUGUGUUACAAGUAAGUGCUCUCUAUGUCACGUAAACAUGUUAUCACGUAUGUAUUAGUUGACAUUUCUAAAUCAAAAUUAUUUGUUUAAAGUGCCAAUGAAAUUAAUCAAACAAUUUUUAUAUUUGCUACAAUUUUAAAUCCCCAAAUAUAAAAAAAAAAAUAUGGGAUAGGGAAAUUAAAUUACAAAAUAUUAAAAAAUCCAAUUUUAUAUAUUUAUAAAACUUGUAAUUUUUUUUAGUACAUAUUUGAAGUUUUAAUUUAGCACAUAUAUUGUGAAUUUAAUUAUUUUUUUCAUGUCAGUUAUUACAAAUCAUAUAUUAUAUAAUUAAACUAUUGUUAACUUAUAUAAAUGUAUAAAAUAUGUUACCAAACUAUGGGAUAAAAUUAAAUUUUAAAUUCACUUAUUUUAUGUUGGAAAUAUUUCAUGAUUGUUUUUUAAACCACGAUAUUUUGAACAAUACUCGACGAUUGAUUAGUUUAUUUUUUUUAUAAAGUUUACGAUAAUUUAUAAUCUGAUUAAACAUGUUAGUAAAUGUAAUGUAUACUUGACAUAAACAUACGAGGCAUGUCCAUUAAACAUAAUAUUAAUAUUAUCUUGAUUAAAUAUUAUUAUUUCUACCUACAAUAUUAAUAUAUUCACUGAAGAUUGAUAAUAUUAUUUAUAUUUAUAUAUUGAUUUCCCUAUAGUAAUUUGUUUGGAAAAAUCUAUCUAGCUCAGAGAACUGUAAAAUAUGUAUAAUAUAUUGGUGAAUAUCAUUACCUAUAUAUAAAUACGUAAGACCAUUUCUCAAUAUAUUGAAUUUUAGAAAACGUAUGUUAUUAAAUUACAAAUAUAUUUUUUAUGGUUAAAUAAUAAUUUUAUCUAUAUAUAUAUAUAUAAUAUUAUAAAGAUGACUAUAAUUUUUUUUUUUUUUUGUAUGUAAUUUGUUUUUAGUUAAUUGGGUGGUUGAUAAUUUUUUGCUAAUGACAUAGUAAUUUUUAAAAAAAUGUUAUAUCUUUAAUCUACCACUUAAUAAAUAAUAUUAAAAUGUCAAUCCGCCUACUUUGUAUUAUAUGAUGCAUUAAUUUAAAAAGCGAUCUGUUCUUUUUUUUUUUUUUCAAAACUAUGGUUUACAGAUAAAACUCUGGCUUUUUAGAGUGGGCUGUUUUGUAUUAUUAUUAUUAUUUUUUUUUUGUAAAAGCCUUAAAUAGGGCAUUGGACUUGGCUUUGAAAUUAUAUUUCUAAACGCUAGAAUUAUGACUGAUAUACUUUAGAAUGUGACUGAUUUUCACUCAUUCUUUUUCUCGUGGUUUUGGUUACAUAAUUCAAAAUGUUAUAAUUAUAAUUUUUAUUCAUUCCUAACUACCUUACUCCAGUGCUCUUUGUAAGACAUUUUUCUAUUACUAACAGAAAAAAUGAUUGUAAUUAGAUCACUCUAUGAAGUGCAUUAUUUUUUCCUAAAAAGAGUUUUGAACAAAAAAAUAGAUUUUGCGUAAGUCCUUUAAAAUAAAAAUUAUAACUGAUUGAACUAUUUGUUAAGAUUUAAGAACAAAACAUUGUAUUUUCUGAUCAAAAGCUGUAGCCUAUGAAAUAUUUAUUUAAUAUUUGUAUACAUGACUAUUGUGAUCUCUUAAUUUUACCAAUCUUGAAGAAAUUUCAUUUUAAUAUAUUAUUGUACCGUUGUAUCUAAAUAUUAUAAUGAUUUUACUUUCUAUUACUAUAAACUUUAAUCAAUUAAAAUUGUAUUACUAUGUAUUACACUUCAUGACAUUUUAAUAACAUUUAUUAUAUUUUAUAACAUACAUAUUUUUGAAAUGUAUUAUAUUAUAUUCUUUAUUUUUAUUUUAGUAUUAUACUUUUAAGUUUGACUUCAUUUUAUUAUAUUUUAAUAAUUUCGCGAAUUUAAUGUAUAACUACAUCAUAUUAUAAUAUUGUAAUAAAAAACUAAAAUAGUAUUUUUAAAA